AUGCCUCGUGGAAGCCGAAGCCGCACUUCCCGCGUGGCCCCUCCUGCCAGCCGUGCGCCUCAGAUGAGAGCAGCGCCCAGGCCAGCGCCCACAGCUCAGCCACCAGCAGUAGCUCCACCAUCUGCUGUUGGCUCCCCUGCCGCUGCUCCCCGGCAGCCAGGUCUGAUGGCCCAGAUGGCAACCACUGCUGCUGGCGUGGCUGUGGGUUCUGCCGUCGGCCACACUCUGGGUCACGCCAUCACUGGGGGCUUCAGUGGAGGAAGCAGUGCUGAACCCUCAAGGCCUGAUGUCACUUACCAGGAACCUCAGGGAAUCCAGCCGGCACAACUGCAGCAGAAUGGCCCCUGCUUCUAUGAGGUGAAACAGUUUCUGGAGUGUGCCCAGAGCCAGGGUGACCUUAAACUUUGCGAGGGUUUCAGCGAGGUGCUGAAACAGUGCAGAUUGGCCAAUGGUAGGAUUAGCUUAAUCAAGAAGUUCCAGUUGAAGACGUGA